CAUGACAGCAAAUAGGACCCAGCAGAGCUCUCCGGCGAACCUCACCUGUCCCCAAACGCACUUUUACUUUUCCACCUGAAGUCGCCUGCAGAAUCCCGACAUCUGUCAGGUCUUAAAGAUAACGGCAUGUUUUGUGCAUUGCUCUGCAGUUUGUUGCUCCUGCACGGCUCGGUCGGGGAGAUCGUGUUCCGCUGCCCGAGCUGCACCGCGGAGCGCCAGGCGGCGUGUCCCAAGCUCACCACCUCUUGCGAGAUUGUCAGGGAACCGGGUUGCGGUUGCUGUCCGGUUUGCGCACGGCAGAAGGGCGAGCAGUGCGGCGUCUACACGCCGAGAUGCGGGAGCGGUUUGAGGUGUUACCCGAGUGCGAAUUCAGAGUUACCACUGCAACAGCUGAUACAGGGACUAGGACAAUGCGACAACAAAGUGGACCUGGAGCCCACCAUGACCAACCAGGAGUCAGGACACAGUGGAGAAGUAAAUGGCACGCGCUCCCCUCCAGUGAAGAAGACCGGCAAAGAAAACACCUACCAGCACUACAAGGAAAUGGCUGUGAAGCAGCAUCACAACAGUAAGAAGAUCAGGAUGUACACCACCCAGGAUGAUCCCAAAACGCUUCCGCCCAAACAGAGCCAGUGUCAGCAGGAACUGGAUAAAGUGUUAGAGAACAUCUCCCAGAUGACGUUCCAUGACAACAAGGGACCUCUGGAAAAUCUGUAUGACCUGAAGUUUCCCAACUGUGACAAGACAGGACAGUACAAUCUUAAACAGUGCCACAUGUCCAACCAUGGACAGAGGGGCGAGUGUUGGUGCGUCAACCCCUUCACUGGUGUCCAGAUACCCUCAUCCCCCAAAGUGAGGGGGGACCCCAACUGCAGCCAAUACUACGGUGGUCCUGAGCUGGAACCGCCCACUGCCCAGCAGAAAUAGACGCUCCAUCAGUGAGAUGCCCCGGGUCGCAAACGAGGAGUGUUAAAGCGAGUGCAAGAGCGACGUGCAUGUGUGUAAUUCUGUACAUGUAUGUGUGUGUAUUUUCGAAAUAGUAUGAUCUGUAUUGUCAAUAGGAGUGUGGAAAGUCACAUGCCAGCAAAGACAAGUCAAGGACAGAUAGUUAAACUUCUCAAAUCCAGAUAACUGUACUCCAAAUUUAACUCUCAGUGAUUGUUUUUUUUUUUUUUUCUGCCUAUUUAUAGGCUCAUCUGGUGCCUUUUAAUCUUGUGACUGAAUAUGGUUGCAUGGAGGCCCUUAUACAGCAUUUGCAGCUGUUCGGUGUGAAGAUGUGUCCGUUUAAUUCUCUCUUUUGUUUUUGGAGACCCAAUAAAAAUGGUUGCAUGUUUAUUGCAUCAUUGGUCACCAGAAACAAAUUAUAGCAAAUGAAAAUGCACAACAGCAGCAACUUGACAUUCCAAAUUAUGAAACCAAAAAUUAUGACUCGUUGACAGAGAAAGCGGAGGGGUCGUGAUUUGUUGGCUGAUUUAAGAGGGUCUUUGCAUGAGAGGCUGGAGGCCAUUUUGACUACUUGAGUACCCAACAGAUAAAUCAACCUUGAGUACUCAAGUGCCACUUUUCCGCAUGAGUGUUGCAUUAAGACCAUGCAUUCAAAACAUUUUUAAAAUGUUUCUCUAAACCACUGCUUUUGUUUCCAUUCAGUUGCCUUGGGCUAAAAGUCACCGUGUACACAAGUUACUAUGUGGUGUUACCGCAAAUUUCUGUCCCUUUUACCAAUCGGAGCACAAAGAGCUAAAAGACUAAAAUGUCACAGAAACAAAUGCUAAAUUGAAAAUGAGGCCCCAUUUUGGUACAUAUUACUGAACUUGAAUCAGCAUCAUAUGUUUUGUAGUUCACUCAAUUAAGUGCGUUUUCACAAUCGAUAAUUGCUGUCGCUUCCAGGUACUCAAGAUCUGGCCAUCCUUGCUCCUGGCGGCUGAUAGACCUCUGUUCUCGUGCUGUCUCUCGACCAUGUGGUUGAAUGCAGGUGGUGUAUGUAUGUGUUUGUAGAGUGGGGAUCAGCGUUUACUAAUGAUGUGCUGACAGAGGGCUAGAUUUGGACACAGGGCUGACAUUGACAAAUGCGAUAUAAAGUGGGUUAAGUGCCUAUAAAUAAACACAGGUUUGCCUGCAGUGCCAGUGGGCUGUGGCUCACCUUGCUUCACUCUCAUCUGCAGAGGGAUGUGUUGGGGAUUGGCAAGGGUGAUUUUGCCCAGUGUAACGUUUGAAUGUGGAGUUGAAGAGUUCUCUGAAGGAAUGUGAAGGAAAAAAAAACCCCAUUAUUUUUUCCUCCUUGGAUAGCCCAAUGCAACACACUUUUCUAAACAAAAAAGCUUGAAGUUAGUGAAAGUAUAUGAUUUAUUCUUGGUCACAGUUGAAACCUGUGGGGAACUACAGGGUUAGACUCAGUUGGUCCAAUAGAAAAUUGCAAAUAAUGAAGUAACAUACAGUGGGGUCCAAAAGUCUGAACCUUGAAUUCAAAAUCUAAUAAAAUCUUACCAACAGCUUGUGUCAGCGCAAACCCUCUUUUGGUGUUAAAAAACUACUGUCAGGAUUUACUAAAGACACACAGUGAAAAAUUAACUCUGAAAAUCCAUGGACAAAGUUAUUUUUGCAGCUGACCUUAUUGCAUUUGUAGGAGUUUCCCUUUCAGAUGCAAAAUUUAUGGAAGGAGAGUAUUUAAAUGAAUCAUGCAAGGUGAUUUACUAAGGUUUGUGCUAGUCAAUUUACUGGUAUUUGUGCCAUUAUUUACUGCCCAAAAAAAGCAUGUCAUGCGCUCUCACACCCAAUUGUCUUGUUUAGUAAAUCUGGCCCUUAGUAUUCUGGAAACAAACAAACAAACAAAAAAAAAAAAUCAAAUUCUGCACUAUCUAGGUCACUAUUCAGUAAGUAAAUGUGUAAAGUUUGGGGUCCAUAAGAUUUUUUUUUUCUUUAAUGAGCACACUGUGUUUAUUUGAUUAUAAAAAAGCAUUGUGAAAUAUUACUGUUUUCCAUUUUAAUACAUUAUGAAUUAUUAAUUAUUUUUUUGAUGGAAAAGCUGAAUUUUAACUACUUUUACGCCAUUACUCCAGUCUUCAGUUUCACAUGAUCCUUCAGAAAUCAUUCUAAUAUGCUGAUUUGCUGCUCAAGAAUCAUGUCUUAUUAUCAAUGUUGAAAGCAGUUGUGCUGCGUAAUAUGUUUGUGGAAACAGCAAUACAUUAUUUUAGAAUUAUUUGAUGAACAAAAAGUAAAAAAAAAAACGAAACCAAAAACUGCAUUUAUUUAAAAUUGAAAUCUUUUGUAACAUUAUGGGCCCUAUUUUAAUGAUCUAAGCGCAUGGCGCAGGUGCGCUUAGGGCGUGUCCGAAUCCACUUUUGCUAGUUUAACGACAGAAAAAAUGGUCCAAAAGGGCUGUUCCUAGUCUGUUAAUGAGUCAUGGGUGUGUUUUGGGCGUAACGUGCAAUAAACCAGUCAGAGUCUCAUCUCCCAUUCCCUUUAAAAACCAGGUGCGCUUGCACCCGCCUAUAGGCACAUAUUACUAACUAAAAAAAUAAAAUAAAAUAAAAAAAUACUGCGGCAUUUACUUUAGACCAGGUUUUUGUUGGUCAAUGUUGCAGUCGUUUUCAGUUGUCUUAAAAUAGCAACACGCCAACAAUGUGCAAAAUAGCAAGCACGCCCAUGGGCGAACAGAUGGGCUCGAGUGCAUUUGCUAUUUAAACAACAUAGCGCUGGACGUAAAAAUGAUAAUUGCUUUGGGCUGAAGCUAGCAAAAAACACUUACAUUGUGCCUAGCAUCGCAUUGCGCCGGGUGUAUGAUAGGGCCCCUAUGUCUUUACUGCCACUUUUCAUCAAUAUAAUGCAUCCUUGCUGAAUAAAAGCAUCAAUUUCUUAAAAAAAAAAAAAAAAAAAUCUUACUGACUUCAAUCAUUUCCCCAAAUCAAAACUAAAUAGAUAUGGCCAGUGGGAUUUAAUGGGUUACAUUGCUCUGUUAGCAGGUGAGACCUGUAACAGCCUGUUCACACGAACAGUGGUUUUAACGCUGGAGGUCCCCAGAUCGAUGUACUGUUGGAUUGUUCUGGGCGUUCCUACUGCUGCAUGUUCUGACGUUAUUGGUGGCCUGUGUAAAUGGCCAUAGCUUUUGAAAAUCUGAUCAGUACCCAGGUGCUGCUCAUAAAUUUAACUUUUUAAAUUUCGAUUCACAUAUUUUCAAUGUAGCCUCGCCUUAGACUUUUGGGUGCCACUGUAUGUGACCUUAUUGUCAUGUUGCUGGAAAUUGGAAAUCAUUGUCAGUGUGAACGACAGUUAAGGGUUGUUAAGAGGCGGCAGCUGCUGUAACAUCUCUUGAUUAAGUUAUCUUUUCAUUUAGUACCCAUAUCUCUUACUCUUUUUAUCUUUUACCCAUCUGUCUCUCUCUUUCCCAUCCUCUCCCUCGCUGUGAGCAUUGAAUAGAACAGCUCAAUCCAGAAAUAGAAGUCGAUUAAGCUUUAGCAUUGAUCCUAAUGUGUUAGACAGUGUUCAGCCCAGCGUUUGCUUUUGUAGCUUAGUCUUUAUGAUAUAUUAACACAUUAACCUCCAGUAGCUUUCACAGUAUUACCACAUCUCGCUCGCCUUUAGUAGUAGCUUACAUGUAUUUACGUUACCUAGUUAGCAUUGUGCUAACUACCGCUACAAACUGCCCCUCGUGUGAUUUUGGUGCCUCACAGAUAGAUUUGCUGAGACACGGGUUACGAGUUUUCCGUUUUGGUUUGUUUCCAAAAUAGAUUGCUGCCUAGCCUCCGGUGGUACAGUACAUUUUACGGUAGCUCGAGUUUGGCCUAGUUUGAAAACAGUGCGAAACCAAUCCCUGUGGUUUUCGGGCAUAUUGAUUUGCCAGAGUGGUUCCGAUGGGAUGGAAGUGUUCAUGUAUGCGUGUGUGUGUGUUUGUGUGUACUUGUGUGAACGUUUCGAUGCUGUGCCAUGCCUGGAGCCAGUGUGACGGUGGGAAGGAUUGCUUGCCAUCUGGUGCAGUGUAAAACUGUCAGAGCCGGUCUCUGCAUUUGGAGAGUCUCACACAAAUGACAGGGGGAAUUUCUUGAGCAAAUCCAAAGCCAUGUACCAUGCCAGCAUCUCACAUGCCUUUUUUUUUUUUUUCUUUAUUUCAUUGCGUAUCCUGUGUGUCACGAGAUGCGGUGGUUUUAAAUAACAUACAUUACUCCAAGCAUGUGUCCACUGUCAUGCGAAUGGUGCAUGAACUGAGUUUUCUGUACAACUGCAAUGGAAAAAGCCAUAAAUGCAUGCAAAAAUAGACAUUGGUUUUAAAUUCUUGUAAUAAAAUCCAGCAUGAUUAAAUGUAUUACCUUUCAGACACAUAA